AUGCGGUUUCGGACGCAGCACUGUUUAUUGCACAUUAAUCUGACAAUACAUAUGACACACCCAUUUUCUUAUGCGCACGCAGAGACUUUAUGGCUGGUGCCAGCCUAUGGGGCCACACAGAAGUUAAAGUCCAAAGAAAACGAAAGAGAGAUCGUCGUGAGGAAGAAAAUUUCACUGUCUAACAGCUAACUUAAGUUACAAUAGACGAUAAUCAAAGAACAACGUAUUAGGCUACAAAACACCUGUUUAUCUGUAGAUCGAUUUUGGCAUCGAUUUGGGAUCGUGUUAAGGGACAAGCGCGUGCAAUAUUUUUUUUCAGAGCUUAUCCAACACCUGUAUUCAUAGAAUGCUCAAGCUUGCGUAUCUGCUGUCAUGCUUUACAGUUGUCAAUGCAGGUUCUCAUUCACUGAUGGCUUUUGCAACAUAUAUAGUUGGACGGGCACCAUUUCCUGAGUUCAGUGUUGUGGUGAUGUUGGAUGAUAUGCAAAUAGGAUAUUAUGACUCAAACACAUCUAAAUUUGUCUAUCGCUCUCACAGUGAUCCAAAAUACUAUAAUGACGACCAAAAGGAUGCUGCAGUUAUAUUUCAGGACACGUAUGAUGAUAUGAAAAUGAAGGGUUCUUAUGCUAAGAAAAACUUCAAUCUCACAGAAGGUGUACAUGUGUACCAGAGACUUGUUGGAUGUGAAUUGUUGAAUAAUGGUAAACCAGGCCCAUUGCAUUUCUGGGGUGCUUUUGAUGGACAAUAUAUGGAGGAGUUCACCUAUGACCUGAACAAUAUCCAUGUGGAAAAGCCAUGGAUUACUUCAUGGGACCAAUUAAAACGGCUUAAUUUAAAGCUUCUAUAUGAAAAUAUUUAUCAUCCGAUUUGCAUUAAAGUUUUGCUAAGGUACCUGCAUUUGGAAAAGAACCAUGUGAUGAGAAAAGUGAAACCCAGAGUCCGACUCAUGAGGAAGAAAUUCUUAGACUCUCAAGGGCUUCAGAUCAGCUGUCUGGCCACUGGUUUUUACCCCCGUCACAUUAACCUGACCCUGUUUAGAGACGAUCAGCCUGUGGAUGAUGAUCAGAUCACAGGAGGAGAGAUUCUGCCCAAUGGAGACGGAACUUACCAGAUGAGGAAGAAUUUAGUGAUCAGCAAAGAAGAACUACGUGAAGGACAUAACUACAACUGUACAAUGAGGCACCUCAAUCUGGACAACAAACUGAACAUCAUAUUCGAUACAGAUAAAUAUGACCAAGGAGGAUCCUUCAGUCUGUCUCUAGUCAGUUUGCUCCUAUUUAUGUUGGCUGUUCUCAUCAUAACUCUAUUCAAAUGGAUGAAGAGAUCUGCUGCUGACUGA